AGGACGUACAUCGUACUGUACUACUAGUACGAAAUAUCGUACAAACGCACGGUCCUUUGGUACGUACCGUACGGUACCAUAGGGAUAGGUUCCGAACCGUGUAUCAGAGCUAUCAUCUUYGAAUAGAAACCGUCAUUUCCGCGCAACGGAAUCUAGGAAUCGAAUCGACAGGAUUGAAUUGAAAAAGAUUGUACGAGUAACGGCAGCAAGUGACAAGUCUGCCACAACACUACAAAGCAAUACUGCCGGACCGCACUUCCAUCCACCACCCUCGACGAAACUGGUAGACGCGGCACAGGAACCCGGGGUGGAUCGCAAUCGGUCGGGAGAAAAAGAGAACGACGAGAACAACCGAGAACAUUCAGUACGCAAACUCGCACAUACCUACCGGUACAUACCUCACACACAACAUCCCAAUCAUGGCGUCAGCGCAGAAGACCGGAAACAAUGCUGCUGCUGCUAGAAACGGCGAUGCGACGGCCUCGGUACCCGCCCACGAAACGACGGAACGCAUUCCCCAGCUGUCCAGCGCUCCCCCGUCGGGCAACAAUCCGUUGUCAAAGCCCCCCRACCCGGGGUCCCCCUCCUCCUUUGUGCUGCCACCGCCUCCCCCGCCGCCGCUGCGAACCACGGCAGCAGCAACAGCAGCGCCAAUCGCACCACCGCCACCCACUGGCGCACUUGGUUCGACCGGCUUUGCGCUGCCUCCCCCUCCCCGCGUGACCACGACAACCCGAUCCACUAGAGCGAGAUCGACCCCGUCAUCGUCGCCAUCGCGGCCCGAGGCCGGGAGGAGCCCUCCCUCGGCUCCCCCGCCAGCUCGCCCACCACCUCCGCCACCUCCCCCACUGGUUCCGGCGAACCGCCAGCAGCAGCAACCCGUUCGGCAAGAACCAACGCAGCAGCAACAACAACAACAAACAGCGCAGGCCGAACCGGUUCCGCGGGCACAAGAACCCGUACCGAUCCCUUCUCCGCAAGCAAUAACCACCAMCGCAGGACCUCCUUCUUUUUUGCCGGUGACCGCCUUUUCCAAGUCCUGGACGCCGAAAAACAAGUCGGAGCAGCAGCAGCAACGCCUGCGGUCGAUACUGGCGCGCCGACAGACACACGUUCCGGUUCUGGUCAUCGCUACCGAGGCGGCGAAUCGAAUGGCAUGGAAGAACGGCCUGCAGAUCUCGGAUUUGUUUCAGGGCGUCGUGGAAGACAUCCAUCCGAGCCUGCAAACCAUGACCCCCUUUCGGAGCGUCAAUCGGUCCCUCUUUCUCAAAGACGUGAGGGUCCGGUUCCUCUCUUCUUCCCAGCUCGAGUCCCCUUUUUCGUACGAGGAAACACAGGAAAUGAUGGAGGAACAGCUCAAACCGAGGGAAGAAGACGGGAACAUCGAUGAGGACCUGACCCUCCUGGAGGAUCGCAUCGACGAGCUCCUUCAGCAYCCGCAACCAAAUUCGAGCAACCAUCAAAGCACCAACAGCGUGUUYGGCGAUGACGGAACACAGCAGGGAGAAUCCCUCGAGGACGUCACGAAGGAGGCCUUUCGGCUGACGAGUCCACUGAAUUCAAUGCCGUGGCUGGCACGUUACCGAAAGGUACUGGAUCGGUCCACCGAUAGCUUGCCGCACGAUCUGAUCAACUGCCCUCCCCUCGUYCUCCUGGUCUGCACGGCUACCAAGGAAGUCACGGAUCCGGAACACGUCUUACAGGAAUUGUAUCAAUCCAACCAUCUUUUGCCCGAGGUGUACAAACGGGGCCUGUACGACCCCUCCACCAUCAGGCAAGAAGUUCUGGUGCUCCACGACAACCACGACGACAGCGAUGCGGCCUUUGACGAGAAACGACUACGCCAGUUGCUGCGGUCGAGGUUUGGUCCCAACUCCUACAUCUUGCGCAUCAACAGUUCGUCGCCCGAAACCGCUGCRGCCCUGGCCCAGCAAGAAUCCUCGGAUCUAUGGGGCGGCGGGGGCCGGCUCGGAACCUUUCUGAGUGACAACGAUCGGGUCUUGCUGCGACGCUAUUUCCAGUCCAUGCUGACGACGGCCAUACUCCCCUCCCUGGAACGACGGAUGGCGGAUCUCAACGCGAUCGUGAACGAGCGGAAAAAGGGAAUGAGGAACCUCGUCAAGUCCUUUUGGAGAAAACCAAAGGACGAAACCAGCGGAAGCGGCGAUUCCAGCAACAGCUACGGGCAGUCGRCCUCUUCCGCGGCUGGUGCCGGCGGAGACGGUAGCAGUGCCGGCGUKGAAGAAGUCAAGUAUCGAUACGAUUCGAUCGAAUCCCAAACCCACCUACUGGCCGACACACUCUUUUUGAUGGAAGACUACGACAACGCCCUGGCAAUGUACCGGUUGGUCCGGGACGAUUACAAGUCCGACAAGGCAUGGGUGCACUACGGCAACGUCCUCGAAAUGAUUGCCCUGUGCAUGUACCAGCUAGAUCCCUACACGAGGGCACGGGAAAUCUUUGGCAUCUUCGAGCAGGCCUUGGUCAACUACACGCGCGCCGCCGAAGAAGAACGYGUUCGAAACGAUGCCGUGGCACGCCAGCUGGGCGAGCAGAACAUUCRGCACACCACCCACAAGUCCUACAUUACGCGGCUGGCGUCCCGGUUGAGCCUCGUCUUGGCYACGGCGUCGGAKAUCCUAGCCAGGGGCCGCAGCCUGGAGUGCGCCGAUUUGUUGGCCAGCGUGAGCUCUUACGAAUCCAGCCUGGGCGCCGCGGUGUUGAUGGAACAGUCCAGCAUCUUUUACUACAAGGCCGGAAUGUGCCGCAAGUUCGCCUUUCACAUGCUAAUGAGCGGGCACAUGUUCCAAAAGGCGGGGCAGAACCAUCACGCCUUUAGAUGUUUCUCCAGCGCCCUCUACAUCUAUCGCAACGAGAUGUGGGACAAGCUGUACAACCAUCUCAAGACCGCCCUGGCGGCACAGCUCUACACAAUGGGACGCAUGUCGGUCGCCCUAGUUCUGUAUGCAAAACURAUUGGGGUGACUGGAGGGGGGAAGGUAUCGGUCCAGUCCCAGCAGAAAUUCCUCGAGCACCUUUUGCAGAUCUGCGAGACGCACACCAAGGCCGCUCUGGCGGGAGCCGAUCGCAUGCUGGUCCCCCCAUGCGUUCCGAGAAACAAGCGAGAAAUCUAUCGGAACGACCGAUUGGAACAGGUUGUGCACGUUGUCCARUAUACCAAGGGUGCUUCCCGUGUACUGGAACUUCCCAACGUAAAUCUGCCCAAGAUUCCCGAUUCCAGUGUGCGACUAUGGACCAUGUUCGGCUCGGACCACCUUGUCGGGGAAACCGGUGCGACUGCCKAGGCCGASGAAAYCAGUGACAGUACUUUCGGAACACCCGCCAGGGGCGACGAAAAGGUUUGGGAAGAGCUAGAAAUCACGACGGUCGCAGAAGUCAGUAAUGCUGGGGAAAAAGACAACGGCGGCAAGCACAACCAGUCGGAAGAAACUAUUACGGCAGCCCUGGCCAAGAUCGAGGACCCCSAGCACCGACGAUUCAUAGCGGARAUCGACAAGGAAAAGCAAAAUAGAUCCCUGAUGGAGCGCAACCAGCGAAAGAACCSAAAAUCCAAGCCCGUCGUUCGCGCCAGGGGAGAACCCAUCUUUUGCGACUUUUCCAUGAAAAACACACUGGRGGUCGGGGUCAAGAUCACUGAAAUACAAUUGGUAGCCCGAAUGGUCGAUAACUCGGAAGACARCAACAAGAUGUGCACCAAUGAAUUUGCCAUYGAGCUCGGGGWKGGAGAUUGUACCGAUCAUCCCAAAAGUGAAUGGAGGUUUGCGUGUGCCGAUCAUCUGGAAUACACGGUUCCGGAUUUUUGCAGGAUAUCCGAAGCAGGCGUCAAAUCCUGCCUUCCGGCAACGUCCAGCCCGUUUUUCGUUGUCACCAAGCAAGAAGUCGAGCUGCCCGCAGACGGAGAAGCAGUUGUUUCGACUAGCAUCGCACCGCUGGUCGAGGGAGACCUCGAAAUACUGGGKUUCCGGUACAAGCUUCUCGGCAAAGUCUGGCUGUAUCACUCGUUCGAUAUCCCGGGCCCCUUGUURAAAGACACGCGAACGAACAUUAUGAACAAAGUUCGGGGRAAGUCCGUAUACCUAAAGUCGAAGAUUGAGUGCGAUAUGCCGUGUCUUACAGCRGAACUUGUCAGGAGAUUCCMACCCGGAUCACCGACUGUUGAUAUUGACGAUGGCCCUAUGCUCGAAGGGCAAAUAAGUACGUGGACAAUUCGACUCCGAAAUGUGGGAUCAGCACCCGCAUCGACCGUAACUCUCAAAACAAACCUGCCUUGGAUCGAUAUCGUGGAACAAGAAGGUGCUCGUUCCAUGCGUGACAAUUCAAACCCCACUUCACACUGCGUAGGUCCRUCGGGAACACUGAUGACUUUGCCCAUCGAAGGAAGCAUCCAACCAAACGRAACCUUGGAUAUCCCAAUAAGGGUUCGAACAUCUGGCGAGRAAAAACAGGACUUUUACAUGCUAUACCGUUACGAACUCGAAGGGUCGGAGGAAGGGCAGUCAAAACGUCGUCGAAGUCGAUGGUUGCGGAAAAUGUACGAMAUACCAGUGUACCCGUCCCUCUCGUUUAGCGCAAAGCCGCUGGCAUGUUACUGGAAAGGAAAAGAUUUGUUGGUUUCCGUACAAUUGUCGAACAAUCGCWUGGACCGCCCAACGGAUUUGUAYGUCACCCUUGAUCGUCUAAGCCUGACAAGUCGCAGGUAUCGUCUGGAAGCAUUGCCCGGGCAAUUYACCAGAAGUGAAGAAUUUGGAGACGUYUUACAGAUUGGAUGGCAAGAACAGGUCACUGUGUUUUAUCGAGUUKUUCURCCCGAGAGUGAUACCGGAGAGGAAACAAUCGUUUCGAGCGACUGUCCAUUUUCGGAAUCUGGAUGCRCCACUACAAAMGAAUGCRCAUCCUYUUCGGCAACCAAUUACCUUUGUUUAGCAAAUGCUUUUGCUUCUUUCCAGGUAAGAGGAAAAAGUAUCAGAAGUCCAGAUGAAUUUCUUGGCCCUUUUCCCACGGCUAAUUUUGAUCUAUUUUUUUUUCUUUGAUUUGUAGUCUACGUGGAAAGCGCAUAAAAAGGAGAUAAUGAGGAUAGAAAACACUCCRGAUGGCGAGAAGGAGCAUCCAAGAUCGAUCCACUCGAUUCGUCGGGCGAACACWACCGACGUUCGAGGAGAAAACGAUCCCGCCCUUGCCGAGAUAGAAAACCAUCCCACGUCCACCGGAAGCUUGUGCCCGCGGUCGACCAGUGCUUCCGAGAUUCACCUGACCUGUUCGUGGCGCGCUAUUCUGGGACAGGAGGUCGUCCACGGCGAACACCACCUCCGUGGAAUCCCGAUCCGGCCCCWSACCUUYUUUCACGGAUGCCCSAUCGCGGCCUCGGCGGAUCACGCYUCCCGGAUGGAGCACGAUUUUUCCGAGAACCAUCCCGCGCGCAUCCCGAUCAAGAUGACGCUGAAAAACCUMAUGCUGGAAACCCCCGUCUCCUUCCUCUGGAGCUGGGACCCACCCRCCUCGGUGCGGUCCUCCCUCGAACUGAUUGGARCCUGYCAGCAGCGGCUCGAACUAGACGCGGACGCAGAAAUCACGAUCCCCCUGGAGGUCCUGGUCCCGAAAGCCGGGGUUUACAACCURCAGGCCUUGCGGUUUGYAGUGGACUAUCCACGCGGUACGGAUGCGACCGAUAAGGACGUUGUGACGCACCAUCUGUCGGAGCAGUGGCUGGUCCAUCUCCUGGAUUCGAAGGCAAACUGAAACUUUCCGUGASCCUUGACUCUCAGAAAGAUCAUUUAUUGCACGAGGAUGAGGAUUGAUGGAAAGCAGUCAGCUUCUUGUUGCAAGGGUGRAUUUUGCUACAGCGAUAAUGACAAUAUGAA